AUGUUCACAGUUACAGCGGCGGAAUUUACGGUGAGAGGGACGGCUCACAUCUUCGUCAACCAAUACAUGACCAAGUGGGGAUGUCCGACUACGAUAUUGUCGGACAACGGACUGCAUUUCUGCUCGAAGCUCUCCAUGGCGAUCUACGAGGUGAUGAAGAUCAAGAAGGUCACCACCAGCUCCUACCACCCACAGACCAACGGCGGCACGGAACGCGUCAACCACACGAUGGCCCAGAUGCUUGCGGUGGUCGUCAACGAACAGCAAAACGAUUGGGACAUACAUCUCCCGCACGUUGAGUUUGCCUACAACAAUUCCGUGAACCAGUCUACUGGAUUAGCGCCAAACGAGAUCCACAUCGGACGCAUCCCGCGACUCCCGCUUUCGGUCUUCGAUCGUCCCACGGUAGGUGGUCAUCAAAGCUUGGCCCGCGAUCAACUCGAGUAUUGCAACCUGGCUGUCGAUCGCCAGCGCCGGGCCUACGAACUUGUCCGCGAGUACAACGCGCUGAAGAUUUCGCGAGUCGAACGCCGAAAUUCAUCCCUGCUGGACGCCAUCCACAAGCUCCCUCAGUUUACCGUUGGCGGGUGGGCUUGGGUGUACAACACGGCAGCUACAAUUCGACAGGGUUUGCAGAAGGACACGGACCAACAGGUGCUCAAAACCAAAUUCGCACUUUCCUGGACGGGGCCUUACAAAGUUCUUGCGGUGGGUCCCACCUCUGCCGACGCCACUCGGGACGGUCGCCCGUUGGCGCAUAAACUCCUCUACCUGGACCUGCCUUCCGAUCUUUCCGGCCCGGCAGCUCGUUGUCGCGUGUCUGUCCGUCGUUGCAAGCCCUGUCGCAAUCCGUACGAGACGGACGACUUGCCGCAAUCUCUGCCCGCCGAGCUUUCGCGUUAUGUUCUGCACUCUUUUCAACGUCAACGCGGAUGA